CGGGACUCAAGCUAGUGUUAGUAUUAAUUCGUGUAAAUUCGCUGUUUUUGAUGUAUUUGUAUUAACGAUAAUUACAUCUUUAUUAGUAGAUGGACCAUGGACAUUCUGAUGGUAAGCAAGGCUGUUGCUGCAAUGCAACCACACCAAUACCUUCAGUUCAUCAGACGCUAGAUGAGAUGGAAUUUGAACGAGGUAUUUGGUCAGCAGCUAUGAAUGGUGAUCUGCUUAAAGUCAAGUCCUUAGUGGCAAAGGGAACUGACCCAGGAAGUAAGGACACAAGUGGGUACACAGCAUUGCAUUAUGCAGCUAGGAAUGGACACUUAGAAAUUUGUACUUUUCUUCUGGAGAAUGGAGCAUGUGCUAAUGUCCAGACCCUUGGUGGUGCCACACCUUUACAAAGAGCUGCUUUGAAAGGCCAUGUAGAUAUUGUUAAGAUACUUUUACAUUUCAAUGGAAAUCCAUCAAUUUGUGACAGUGAUGGAAAGACAGCCUUACAUAAAGCAGCAGAAGGAGGACACUUGGAUGUUGUUAAGAUCCUUAUAGAUACAGACAGAAACCUGUGUUCAGUGAAUGAUAACCACUUCAGAAUACCAGCUGAUUGUGUAUCAGAAAAACACCCAGAGAUUGUAAACCUUCUGAGGCAAAGCUGUUGAGAGUAUUAUGGAUUAUCACGAACCCCGCCCGAUAUCGACCAGUAGCAGGUGUUAAAGAUGACCUUAACUAAGAAACGUUGGAGCCAGGAGUGUCAAGUCGUUAGCAUGCCGAAUUGUGGAUCCGAGGGCUGAAGAUUUGUGUCCCGUUGCCGCUAACAAAUAUAAUCACACUCAGCUCUUUGUGAUGGUCAAAUCACACUAUUCCAUUUUUAGUAGCUCAAGAGCUGGAUGUGGGUGCUCUUGACUAGCUGCCUUAUCUCUCUGGUCUAACAAUUCAAAAUUAGUGACGCAGAUCACUCUUUAGUAGCUUCGCACGAAACAAACAAAGCCUCAGCUUUUAUUUUACAAGUUGAUAACUGAACAAUAACCGGUAGAAGUAUUAAAAGUAAAGAUAAAAUCAGAGUUCCACGAGUCAGAGUAUUUCAUCUAAGCGUGACAAGCAAGCUGCCAUAAAGCAAAGAAACCAUAUUGUAGAUGUGUGUAUUGUUAGUUUCAGAAAAAAAAAAUCAGAUAGAUGAUAAUUUAAAGCCCUUCAGAACCCACAAUUUUUGAGAUUCCACGUUACGUGAGUUUAUUCAGAGUUCUCUAGAACCCAGGCAAUGUCCGAGAUGGCAAAAUUUGUGUGUCUAUUCAGAGAUUCCCAGAAUCCACGCACACUGUCCGGGAUGGCACUGUAUGUAUACCAUUUAAACAUCUCUAGAACCAAUGCAGUGUCCAAGAUGGUACAGUAGGUAUGUCCAUUCAGAGCUUCCCAGAAUCCACGCACACUGUCCGAGAUGGCACUGUAUGUAUACCAUUUAAACAUCUCUAGAACCAAUGCAGUGUCCAAGAUGGUACAGUAGGUAUGUCCAUUCAGAGCUCCCCAGAAUCCUUGCACAGUGUCAGAUCAUACUUCGAAAUAAAUGAAUGAUAAUUAUAGAAAAGUUGCUUUAAACUGUAGUACUAUUAUUUAUACGCAAAUAAGUGUAAAAUAUCGUUUUGUUUCUUUAUCAGUAACUACCGCAUUUAUUUCUUAAAAAAGUUUUAGACAAAGUUCAUAUACAGUUGAAUCUUAAAUUAUAACUGUCUACAUUAGCAAUAACACGUCUUUAAAACUAUUACGUAUUAUGAAUGGAACAACUUUUUAUAACAUUUUAAAAAUACUCCUCCUGCAAACAUCAACUUUCCGCAUUACCCGUGUGAAUGUCUUAGUUGAAAACGUGUUUGUUUGUUGUUAAGCAUAAAGAUACAAAAUAGGCUGUCUGUGCAGUACUCGACAUGGGUAUCGAAACCUGAUUUUGAGCGUUAUAAGCCUCCAUACUUGCCACUGAGAAGUGGGGUGGCUGAAAACUUGAAAAAUCAUAAGUUAAAAGGCUAAACGUUGACCAAUGACCAGUUAUGUAGAUUUCUGUAAAAAUGAAAGUAGGUUGAAGGGAAAAAAGUAAUUAUCUUUUGGAAUGCUAAGUGAUAACAAGAUGCAAAUAAACCGUGCAACGCAAAUAUUCUCCUUACACAACGCAUAUAUAGUAAUAGGUGCCUUAUUUCAUUUAGCUUAGGAAUGACCUCGGUUUCAGUUUUAUAAGAAAUUUUCUGGAAACCGGUUAUUAGUCUAUAAAGUAGCUAAGAACACAGUAACAUCUGUAUUGUUAAAUAUCACCCACCCACCCCACUUUAUAUAAGCCCCCCAGUGGCUCAGCGGUAAGUCUCUGGACUUAUACGUUAAAAACCGUGGUUCGAUACCAGUGGUGGGCACUGCACAGAUAGUCCAUUGCGUAGCUUUGUGCUUAAAUAAAAACAAACAAACUACACCUGUAUAAACCGAUGAAUGAUUUGAAAUCCAGUUCUGUGUAAUUAUAUUUUAAUGAUGUGGAUACACCUACUAUGGCUUAUUCGUGUGACUUUAAGAGAUUGUAUUUACCGAGUUAUUUCCCGUCACAUUAUCAGAUGUUUUACAGAUCAUUGUGGCUUUUUUUUUUAAGAAGCUAAUUAAGCUCCAGGGUUUAAAACACUAGAAUUCGGGAUUCGAUUCUCGCAGUGGUUGUAGCACGGGUAGCCUGUUGUGCAUGUUUGCAAGAAUUAAAAGAAAACUAAAAUAAUUACAUAUUUUACUAAAUUUUAGCUUAAAACAACAACAACAACGAUAUAUUUUUAAUUAAUCUAAACAAUGGUUCAGAACAAUUACAAAUUGAAUUUAAAUUAUAGCUUGCAAGGUUUACAGUACUUCGCUUGUAAAGGACCAGUUAAUUAUUCAAUAAAGAAAAAACAUUGUUACUACUGUGUUGAUAAUCUGUUGCAUUUUUACUUUUUUCUAUAUUUGAAUUGCAUAUAAUCCAUGUUAAGCAUGGUAGAGCAUUACAGUUAUAAACAUGUGUCUUAAGUUUCAAAACAAAUACAGAGAAUGUGUCGUCAGUUAUUUUUCCCCUGUCAGCGGUAAGUUUUCGGACUGACAAUACUAACAUUUGAGGUCUGACUCCCCGUGAUGGACAGAGCGCAGGUAACCCAUUGUGUAGCUUUGCGCUAAAAAAUACAAGAACAACAUCGUCAGUUAUU